AUGGAGAUUGCAUCGCCAAUGACUGAUGGUAUUGUAUCGGAUUGGGAUGCCACUGAAAAACUGUGGAGAUAUGGUUUAGAAGAUAUAUUAGGUGCUCAAGUUACUGAACAGCCUCUACUUAUAACAGAACAGAUUUGGAAUACUGACGAAAACCGCAAAAAGGCUAUGGAAGUCGCAUUUGAAUCGCUUGAUACACCGGCUUUCUAUAUCGCCAAGAGACCAGUUUGUACAUUAUUUGCUUCUGGUAAAGGUAGUGGUUUAGUAGUAGACAUUGGCGCUGAUAUUGCGUCUGUAACGCCAGUUCUAGAUGGAUUGACUUUGUUUAAAACAAGUAAACGGUCUCGACAUGCUGGCACUUAUAUCAACAAGCAUAUUGAGGCUUUACUUAAAGCAUCAGAUUUUGAUCUUACUCCUAGAUAUCUGGUAGCAGCUCGCCAAACGGGUCUUGAACCAGGCGAGAAGGCCACUGAAUAUAAAAAGCGCUCACUGCUAGCACCAGUGACUGCUAGCUUCCAUGAUUUCCAAGUAUCGAGGCUGAUAGAGGAAUUCAAAGAGUCAAUGGCGCAGGUGCAGGACACUCCAUAUACUGACGAAGCCGCUUCACAGGCUGGUACUGAUGUUUAUAGCAAUCGGGUGUUUGAAUUCCCCGAUGGUUCAAGUGUUGAGUAUGGUUCGGAGAGAUUCAAGGUUGCCGAGCCACUGUUCAAACCUCGCGAUUUCCUAUUAGAAGGCGAGGAGCUGCUGGAAGCACCAGAAGUAAAAGAAGAAGAUGGUGAUGACGACGAUAAUAAGGACGACAGUAAAGAAAACGGUAAAGAUGCCGACAGCAAAGACAAAGAAAAAGGAAAGGCUAGCAAAGGCAGUAAGGACAAAGGACAAGACGGUGAUAAAGAUAAAGACAAGGAAAAGCCUACUGAAAAGUCUGCUGCUACUGCUGCUAAAGAGCUCAAAGCACUUGUCUACACUGACCGUACCCAAGGUCCUUUUACAACCACAGGUAUAUCUGACAUGAUCAUUGACGCUAUCAACUCGUGCGACGUGGACAUCCGAGCCAAUCUCGCCAACAACGUUAUCAUCACAGGAGGCACUUCACUCAUCCAAGGCUUCACAGACCGGGUCAACGAAGACCUCGUUCACGCACUUCCGGGCUACAAAAUUCGAAUCCACGCUCCUGGUAACCUUAUCGAGCGUAAAUUCUCUGCUUGGAUCGGUGGCAGCAUCCUCGCCAGUCUGGGCACGUUCCACCAGCUGUGGAUCUCCAAAAAAGAGUACGAAGAAGUCGGCGUGUCCAAACUUCUCGAAAAACGCUUCCGCUAA